UACUCAGACAGGUAUAAUAGCUGAGAGGGACUGCAAUAAAGUGUAAAGAACUCCGCGUUUUUACGCACACAAAGUCCGGGAUUUACGCAAAGAGGUCUUAUCCACAGAAGAGAACUCAUCAUGAAGUUGGAGGUGUUGUGUGGAAGCCACUAUGACAUGAAACACAUGGAGAUGCCCAGUGAUGCAGAGGGGAGUGUGCGCUCUCCUCUUUCUGCUGAGGAGGAGCUGGGGUCGGAUGGGGACUGCGUGGCGCAAAGCCCUCCACCUGUUGCUCCAUGCACCAGCAGCAAAUCCAAGCCAUACACAAGGAGACCCAAACCCCCGUUCUCCUACAUCGCACUCAUCGCCAUGGCUAUCCGGGACUCCCCCUCUGGACGUCUGACUCUGGCGGAAAUAAACGACUAUCUGAUGAAAAGGUUUCCGUUCUUCAGGGGCAGCUACACCGGCUGGAGGAACUCUGUUCGGCACAACUUGUCUCUGAAUGACUGCUUUCUCAAAGUGCUCCGGGACCCCUCCAGGCCUUGGGGAAAGGACAAUUACUGGAUGCUUAAUCCUCAUAGCGAGUACACCUUUGCAGAUGGGGUGUUCCGGCGCAGAAGAAAGCGCAUUCAUAAUAAAAAGUCGAGCAGGGAGGCAGAGGUGUCCGAGCAGCGCGCAGAGGAGCCGCGGAGCAUUGAGCAGCCUGCAGCCGCCACUAACACGGACUCAUGCGUCAAGUUUACAAGUUCAUUUGCUAUCGACAGCAUCCUCAGCAAGCCGUUCAAGAGAGACUCAAACAAGGAACACUUACCCCAUUUACCCGUGCACCCUGCCUUCACCUGGCCGCGCUACUCUCCACUCAUGGUGCCUCAUUUAAAUACACCUGCCUCAUUUUCAUACAAGGCAGCCUGCUACAUGGACUCCUGUGGUGCGCAUGUGCCGAACGACUGUGGGCUGCUUUCACACCUGCAAUAUCAUAGAUAAAUAUAUUUUUUUAUCUGAUGAUUAAAAAUCAUCAUUGUGCACUGAUGAUGGACACAGAGGAGGAUUUAAAUUGGACUUUAUUUUGCUGGCGAAGUGUUACACUAUUUGGACAUUAAGCAUGAUCACAUUUGAUAUUUUAUUGUAAAUGUUACUGAACAUAACAUUAACGUUAUGUUUGUUUAAAAACCGUGUUAAAAUAUGCACUUUGACUGUUUGUGUGGCUCCUUCUUUCAAAAAACUAUGCUCUUUACAACGAAAUAAAAACUGAACUGAUGAUGGCCUGUGUUUGCUAUUGCUGUAAUAUUAUUUUAUUUUGAGUUUAAAUGUUGUCUUUGGUGUGGGUGCAUACGAAUGAGGACUGACACCUGUUAGGUGCCAAGGCAAUAAUGGUUAUUGGGGACGUUUGGUCACGUGACUCCACCUUGCAAAAUUCUGAGCUCUGCUGGAGACUGGUUGCAAGUGACAUUU